AUGUCAAAGAUAAUGGGCACCAAGAACGUCAAUAGUGCCAAGCUCAUGGCCAUCGCACUCGCGUGCGCCAUCAUCAACGGCUGCACCAUGGGUGUGGACCAGAGUAUGAUGACCAACCUUAACAUGAUCGACCAGUAUCUGGAGUUUUUCAACCUGGACUCCAGCAUGGAGGGGCUUUUCUCCGCCGCCAUCAACAUCGGGUCUGUUGUCGGAGGUUUUUUUGCUGCUCAGCUGAUUGAUAUUCGCCGCGUGGGGCGCAAAGGGGGCAUGUUUAUCGCUGCUGUGCUGACGUUUUUGGGCGUGGGUUUGCAGACCGGUGCCCGCAACAGAGCCAUGUUCAUCGUCGGCCGGAUUAUCAUCGGUGUGGCCGUCACCAUCAACGCGGUCAGCGCCCCAACGUAUGUCGCCGAGAUGGUCAAACCGCAGCACCGCGGUUUCUUUGCCGGCCUUUACAUGGCCAGCUGGUACUUAGCGGCAAUAAUCACCACGGGUAUCUCGCUCGGCACUUACACGGAAAAAUCCAGCUGGGCUUGGAGAGGCAUCUCGCUGUGGCAGAUCGCGCCAUCUGUGCUGUGUCUGCCGCUGCUGGCGUUCAUUCCAGAGACUCCGCGGUUCCUCGUGUACACCGACCGCGAAAGCGAGGCCUUACAAAUUCUGAAAAAUUACCACGGCAAUGGCGAGGAGACGCCGCUUGUGGCCCUCGAGUUUGAGGAAAUCAAGCAGGUCUUGCGCUACGAGAAGGAGAACAAGAUCGGCUGGAUGACCAUGCUGCAGACCAGGGGCAACCGCUGGAGACUGUGGAUCAUUUUCUGGAUGGGUGUGGCCUCGCAGCUGACCGGAAGUAAUAUCGUGGGCACUUAUUUGGGCCUGUUCCUGGAAAAUGCCGGCUACACGUCGACGAGACGGCAAAUCGUGCUGAAUCUCGGUCUGCAGAUCUCGAACCUGUUCUUUGCCUCCGCAGGCUCGUAUUUGACCGAGGGUCUUGGCCGUGUGUUCAUCCUGCUGUGGUCCACAGUGCUCAUGGGUGUGUGUUUGUUCAUUAUGGGAGCAGUUCAGAAGUACUACUCGGACGGAACCAACGUCAACGCCACCAACGCCCUAAUUUUCAUGGUGUUCCUGUUCAGCGGCACUUAUUCUUUCAGCUACACGCCGCUGUGCGUGUCGUAUCCCGUGGAAAUUGUCAAUUACAGUAUCCGGACGAAGGGUAUGGCCUUCUCGCAGGUUGUCACGUUCGGAUUCGGCUUCUUCAACCAGUACGUGAUUCCGAUUGCGCUCGACCACAUCUCUUGGAAAUACUACAUGAUCAACGGUGUGUACAAUCUUGCACAGGCGGUGAUUAUCUGGUGGACGUUUGUCGAGGUCAAGGGCCUGACACUGGAGGAGAUCGACAAAAAAUUCGACGGCGAGGUGCACUACCAUCUGGACGACACGAUCACCGAGGUCACGCAGCUCGAGAGACUCGACACGGAGAAAAACUGA